UGUCUAUGAUGGAGAGGAACACGGUCGUUUCAUGGAAAAAUUGGAAGCGCGGAUCAGAAACCAUGAUCGGGAGAUUGAGAAAAUGUGCAACUUCCAUUACCAGGGCUUUGUGGAUUCCAUCACGGAGCUGCUGAAGGUUAGGGGAGAAGCGCAAAAACUGAAGAACCAGGUGACCGACACCAACCGAAAGCUGCAGAACGAAGGGAAAGAAUUGAUAAUAGCGAUGGAGGAGCUGAAGCAGUGCCGCCUGCAGCAGAGAAAUAUCUCGGCGACGGUGGAUAAGCUGACACUGUGUCUUCCUGUCCUGGAGAUGUACAGCAAGCUGCGCGAGCAAAUGAAAUCUAAAAGGCACUACCCUGCACUGAAGACCCUGGAGCACCUGGAGCACACGUACCUGCCCCGUGUGAGCCACUACCGCUUCUGCAAGGUCAUGCUGGACAACAUCCCCAAGCUGCGCGAGGAGAUCAAGGAGGUCUCCAUGUCGGACCUCAAGGAUUUCCUGGAGAGCAUCCGUAAGCACUCUGACAAGAUUGGAGAGACGGCCAUGAAACAGGAUUGCAGAUACAAUCAAUGGAAAAUAAUUGCCAAGAUAGUCUUCAGUCUUCUGUUAUCUCCAAAUGAGAAGGCACAGCAGCAAAGAAACCUGGACAAUAUUGUAUCACAGCACCCCAGGAUAAGCAGUGGAAAGAAGUCCAAGAAAGAAGCCUGCGCAAGCUCAGAUUUGGAGGUAAAGAACACUAGCCCCAUGUCUGAGCAGGAUUCGGGUAUCCUGGAUGUUGAAGAUGAGGAUGAGGAUGAAGAGGUGCCUGGGGCUCAGGACUUGGUGGACUUCUCCCCUGUGUAUCGAUGCCUGCACAUAUACUCCGUGCUGGGAGCCCGUGAGACCUUUGAGAACUACUACAGGAAGCAGCGGAGAAAACAAGCUCGCCUGGUCCUACAGCCUCCUUCCAACAUGCACGAAACGCUAGACGGCUACAGGAAGUAUUUUAAUCAAAUUGUAGGGUUUUUUGUAGUUGAAGAUCACAUCUUGCAUACGACCCAGGGCUUGGUAAACAGAGCCUAUAUUGAUGAGCUGUGGGAGAUGGCUUUAUCCAAAACGAUUGCGGCGCUGAGGACGCACUCGUCCUACUGCUCCGACCCAAGCUUGGUGUUGGACUUGAAGAACCUCAUCGUCCUCUUUGCAGACACACUCCAGGGAUACGGCUUCCCAGUGAACCAGCUCUUCGACAUGCUGUUGGAAAUCCGAGACCAGUACAGCGAAACGCUGCUUAAGAAAUGGUCGGGAGUUUUCAGAAAUAUACUUGAUUUGGAUAACUACAGCCCCAUCCCGGUAACAAAUGAAGAGAUUUAUAAGAAAAUAGUUGGACAGUUCCCAUUCCAGGAUGCUGAGCUCGAAAAGCAGCCAUUUCCAAAGAAGUUCCCCUUCUCCGAGUUUGUGCCUAAGGUUUACAAUCAGAUUAAGGAGUUCAUCUACGCUUGCCUGAAGUUCUCCGAGGACCUGCACCUGAGCUCCACCGAAGUUGAUGACAUGAUCAGAAAAUCCACAAACCUGCUGCUGACGCGGACGCUGAGCAACUCUCUGCAGAACGUCAUUAAGAGGAAGAACGUGGGGCUGACCGAGCUUGUACAGAUUAUUAUUAACACAACCCAUUUGGAGAAAUCCUGCAAGUUUCUAGAGGAAUUCAUAACCAAUAUCACUAAUGUACUUCCAGAAACUGUCCACACCACGAAGCUCUAUGGGACCACAACCUUCAAGGAUGCUCGCCAUGCCGCAGAGGAAGAGAUUUACACUAACCUGAAUCAGAAGAUAGACCAGUUCGUGCAGCUGGCCGAUUACGACUGGAUGGCCAUGGAAGCGGGCAGCAAAGCCAGUGACUACCUGGUGGAUCUCAUCGGCUUCCUGCGCAGCACGUUCGCCGUGUUCACCCACCUCCCGGGGGACGCAGAUGCCCACUCGACCAUGUCGGGGAAGGUGGCGCAGACGGCGUGCAUGUCGGCGUGCAAGCACCUCUCCACGUCGCUGAUGCAGCUGCUGCUGGAGGCCGAAGUGCGGCAGCUCUCGCUGGGGGCCUUGCAGCAGUUCAACCUGGACGUGGAGGAGUGCGAACAGUUUGCCAGAUCCGGCCCAGUGCCUGGGUUCCAAGGGGACACGCUGCAGUUGGCCUUCAUCGACUUGAGACAACUCUUAGAUCUGUUUAUCCAGUGGGAUUGGUCGACGUAUUUGGCUGACUACGGGCAACCCACGUGCAAGUACCUUCGCGUGAACCCCACCACGGCCCUCGUCCUGCUGGAAAAGAUAUCACGAGUGAUGCGGGACACGAGCCGCAAGAACAACGUGUUCGCCCAGUUCCGCAAGAACGAGCGGGACAAGCAGAAGCUCAUCGACACCGUGGCCAAGCAGCUCCGCGGCCUCAUCAACAGCCACCACUCGUGAAGGUGCCGGGCG